UGGUGGGGAGACCUGAGAGAUGGGGCAGUGCGUGAAGGGGUUAAACUUCACCCCGCUGCGCCUUUCCCUUGGUCUCCCUGAUGCCCACUCCUGACUUUUCCAGCUUUCCUGCUUUGCCCCAGUUCUGUGAAAAGGUCUGCCGCUCUUCUUCCUUGCGGCUGGUUUCUGAAAAGCUAGUAAAUAUUAACUGGGGGUGAGGAUAAAGCUGCGGCUUCGCUGCCUGGGGCCCCCAGGAGAGUGCAGAGAUGGGGACUUGUGGUACAACACAACGAGGCCCUUUCCGUGUUAGAGAAGCCCAGAUCCUGGGCUCUGAGCAAUCUGAUCUAGUUAGCAGUGUCCCUGCUCACUGCAGGGGGGUUGGACUAGAUGACCACUAGUGGUCCCUUCCAACCCUAAACAUUCUAUGAUUCUAUGAUCCUCCAGGCAUCUCUGUCCUUCCUUUCCAUUGCCCUCUGCGUGCUGCAGGAGCAUGGGGAACACUGGAUUACCUUGAGCUUCCAAGCAGUGCCUUGCAGAAUUGUGUAGUCUGGGGGACUGGGCUGGAUGGGCAGUGCCGCAGCCGCCUCUGCUAGUUAAAUGAGAUCCUGGUUCUUCUUUUGCCGGCAAGGAAAAAACAGAAGCUGUCCCUGGAAUCAGCCCAUGCCUUGCCAUUGUGGCCUGGGUUUGUGGGCUGUGGAAUGAGCCCAAUGCUCUGCAACGCUGCCGUAGUGGUUCUCUACUGCCAGACCGAUUUUCAUCCCCAGUGUGUUUUAUCACAGAGCCCCGAGGGGUUAUUCAUGCAAAGCCUCCAGAUUGUCUGGGCAAGUGUAGACGCUGCUGUUUAUCAAAGUUAAACAUCCUACGUACAGCUGAGUGGCUGAAAAGAGGCUGCCUGGAGGAAAGACUGGCACAGGUAGGAAACUGCAUUCAGCUGAUGUCUUUGUAAUGAAAAUGCAGCUGCUUUUCCUCAGCUCGGUAUUGUUAAUGCUUUUGGGAGGGUUACUAGGAGCUGAUGUAAAAGGUUUUUAUUGUCAGAAAAUGAGUUCAACUGUAUUUUUAACUUUUGAAAAUAGAUUAUCUUUAGAUUCUAUUAUCUAUUUUUAGAUUCUGUUUGCGUGCUAUUUGAUUUUAGUCAGGCUGCUGUUACUGUUCGUAACACUGUGCUUGAUUUCAAAUGCCAAGGCCUUGAUGUUCAGGUGAGUACCCUGUUGGAUGUAGGUGAAUAAUGACCAGUCGAGAACUUGGCCGUUCUUCCGGGCUAUGUUGUCAUCUUGAAACCUUCAGGAGAUUUCAGUCAGUGUUCCUCUUUCUUACCAAACACCAUGAGACAAAGAAGAAUCUGGAAUGCUGUUCUGUAGGGUGGCAUUCUCAGACACUUCCUGCAACGAGGCUGACUGGAAGAUUGAAUGUUUAAAAGAGCGAGCGUCCUGGUUUUGGCUGGGACAGAGUUAAUCUUCUUGCAGUAACUCAGCUUUUAAAGCACCUUUAGAGCUGUGCUUUAAGAAACUUGCUAAAUUUUAGGGUACUUGUGGUCUACUACAAAUGCUAAUGGUGCUCCUCUUGGAGGUUGGUUCACAGAGACAAUUGAUGUGUUUUUGUGUUGGACACCUAGUGAGAAUUCUUUCAAGCAUGGGUGGAAAAUUUUCACCGUUCUGGAAAACACCCGACCAAAAGGAGAAUGAAAGCAAACAGAUUUUACCCAGGCAACUGGAUGCUGAAGAUGAAAUUACCAAUUAUGCUUCUAUCAAUGACUCUGCGGCACCCUGUGUGGGCAUUGCACGUCGAGGCUGCGUCACUUGUCCGACAUGUCAGGGAACAGGAAGGAUCCCCGGGGAGCAAGAGAAGCAGCUGGUGGCUCUGAUUCCAUAUGGUGACCAGAGGCUGAAGCCAAGACGAACGAAACUCUAUGUAUGUCUUGCUGUGACCAUCUGCCUGGUGACAACAUCUCUCAGUAUUUUCUUCCUGUUUCCUCGCUCCAUUACCGUCCUGCCUGCAGGACUGAAUGCCUCCUCCAUUGCCUUUAAUGCCAGCACCACCAGUAUAUACCUCAACAUGACGAAUGUGCUGAACGUAACGAAUAACAACUUCUACCUGGUCACUGUUGUGCAGCUAGACAUAGAGGUUUUGCACCAGUCCCUGGUAGUAGGGAAGUCCACCAUGAACACCCUGCUGCAUAUGAGCCCUUUGCAGAGCAGCCAGAUCUAUUAUAUGGUGCCCAGUAGGAUAUUGGACGACAACACCUAUAACAUCUGCACCUGGACAGAAGUCAAAGUUCACAAUGUUCUGCUGCACAUACAGGGUACCCUGACCUGCACAUAUCUCUGUCAUUCGGAGCAGCUGGCUUUUGAAGACUACCAGUAUGUGGACUGCCGGGGGAAUGCCACGCUGCCUCAGCCAUUGUACCACCGCCCACCGUGACAGGGCCAGGUUGGCAGAGCUUUUGGGUGUAGUGUAUUCCACCACAAAUGCAACUCACAGAGAGACAAACUUCCGGGGCUGCUUCUCAAUCUGUGCCUUAAACAGGAGGCUUGGUGUUUCCUGGAUAAGACUUCAAUAUCUCAUGCAAAGAUGAUUAACGUACUUGGCCUUAUGAACGCGGACUCCGCUGCCCUGGGUUGCAGCUUUCUUUUUUCAGUGCCUUAUCAUGGCUGACGCUUCAGCAGAGUGACCAGUGCAUGGUCAGAGUGUUUCACUGCUGCUUUGGAGGCAGUGCCCUAUUAGUCAGACUAACUCUAGUUGUUUUCUCCUUGCAUAAUUUUGCACUUCUGUCUUGAAUGUAACUAUUCCAUAAAUUGAAAAAGAAGGACUGUGAUGAGACAACUUUUUUUUUGCUGGAUUGUAUCUACAUCACCAGAAUCUAAUGGCACUUGCCCAACCUGCACAACAAGAGCAAGGAACAGGACUGAUCUGUCUAAAUCUCUGAGAAAAACUACCGUGUGUCGUGCCAAAACCCCUUGUGCAAGUGACUCUUGGCUGACUGCUGUUUUAAGCUGUUGGGUAGAGCAGGUGAGAAUAUGUGGUUUUGUAUAGAUGUGUUUUUAAAACAAGCUCAUCCACUGGCUCUUCCUUAACGGCAUCCAUUUCAGCGAGAAGAAAAUGCAUUUUGUAUCAUGAACCAAGAAGAUUGCUGCUCUCCAGCCAGCGGUGUGUGGUGGUCAGCGCAUGCUGUUUCUUGUACGCUUUGGCGUUUAAUGCCUUCAACCAAACAACUGUGAAAGUUCAUCUCUGACUGGAAAAGCUUAGGUUUAACAAAUACCAGGGAAGAGCUG